CCGGUGAUGUGGAAGGUUUAGUUGGGUGAAAUUCUUCGUGAUCUUCCAAUUAUAUAAAAAAAAAGAGAUGGAAUGUAAAUACAUCUGAAGCUUCUACAUAAUCAGAGUUGGAACACUCGCAUUACAAUAUCCAGAUGGCGUCUCAGAUGAUGUUGGUGGAAGAGAAGUCAGAUGUCAGAAUCCUCACUCUGAACAGACCGAAGCAGUUGAAUGCCCUCACUUCUCCCAUGAUUUCUCGGCUGCUGGAACUGUUCCUUUCAUAUGAGGAGGACCCUAAUGUAAAGCUCAUCAUCCUCAAGGGACAAGGGAGAGCAUUUUGUGCUGGUGGCGAUGUUAUAGCUUGUGUCAACGAUAUAAGACGAGGUUGCUGGAGGCUAGCUGCCGAUUUCAUGUACAAGGAAUAUGCACUCGAUUACGUUAUGGCAACAUAUGGCAAACCACAGGUCUCGAUUAUGGACGGCAUCGUCAUGGGAGGUGGUGCUGGCAUCUCCGUACAUGGUAGAUUCCGGAUUGCUACAGAGAACACGGUCUUUGCAAUGCCCGAGGCAGCUCUCGGACACUUUGCAGAUGUAGGUGCGUCCUACUUCUUGUCAAGGCUCCCUGGCUUUUUUGGGGAAUAUCUCGGCCUCGCAGGGGCAAGGCUGGAUGGCGCCGAAAUGCUUGCCUCUGGUCUUGGUACUCACUUUGUCCCUUCCAUGAGAUCGAAAGAGUUAAUAGAAGAUCUUUGCGGGUCCGGAGCGAGUGAUGCCGCCUCGAUCUCAAAGAUUAUCGACACAUAUACUCAGCAGCCUCAUCUCAAAGAGUCGAGCGCUUAUCACAGGAUGGAUGUUAUUGACAAGUGCUUCUCGAAGAAUACGGUCGAAGAAAUUAUAUUUGCACUUGAGAGGGAGAUCGCUCAUAAAACCGACGAUUGGGUCUCGAAAACAAUUUCGUCAAUGAAGAAGGCUUCCCCGACUAGCCUUAAGAUCACUCUUAGAUCGAUAAGAGAAGGGCGAGCGCUUGGGAUUGGGCAGUGCCUUAUCCGUGAGUUUAGGAUAACAUCUCAUGUGUUUAAGGGAGAUAUAAGCAAGGAUCUUGUCGAGGGUUGCAGAGCUAUAUUGACAGACAAGGAUAAUAGCCCUAAGUGGAAGCCGUCGAGACUGGAAGACGUGAGAGAGGCAAUGGUAGAUCAAUACUUCGAGCGAUUGGAAGAUGAUGGAUGGCAGGAUAUAGAGUUUCCAACGAGACCUUAUAACUUGCAUCCUCCCAAAAUCUCAAAUUUGUGAAAUUAAGACAUCCUCCCAAAAAAAAAAAACAAUGGAAUUAUCAUUACGUACGUUUGUGUCUUCAAACUUUGAAUUGCCUUUACUUUUCAAAUGCCAUGGCUUUUGCGGGAUAGCAAAACAGUUAUUUGUACGUUGCCAUGCAUUGAUGUUGCAACAUUUAUGUGAUGAAAGGCCAUAUAUAGCUUUUAUUUUGAA